UAUAUGUAUGUAUUUAUAUAUAAAGUAGUGAAAAAAGACAUAUUCCCUUUUUCUUCUUCUUUGUGCUCUACAAUGGGAAUCAAGGGAGCUUGGGAAUUCCUCGAGAGAAAACGUAUCUUUGGAAGAGAAAUAACGAAUCUCAACGAAAUACAAUGUGAUAAGAUCUAUGUUGAUAUUGUAGGCACCUUUUAUGAGACCUUUGAAUGUCACUUUUGGCUAUGUUCCGAAAAUGAUCAUGAAAAGAAGGCAGAUGCAGCGAAAAAGGUAUUACAAGACAUUUCUCUUGUUCUUAACAAAGAAACGUGCGUGCUUUGUAUUGAUGGUGAACGUACAAAGGAACGUAUGAAAGGGCAUGAAAGACGGAUGGAACAGAAAUUAAGGAAUCAAGUCAAAAUUUAUCGACUACAACAAAAGUUAGCAAGGCAACGAAGGAGAAGACAAACGAAUUAUAAGGAUUUAAUGUUCUUGAUAACGUUAACUAAACAAUUAUUCAGAAUCAAUAGAGAUGUAGAGACGUUGUUUGCAAGGACAUGUAAGGAGGAAGGUUGGGAAAUCCUCAUGGGUGAUGGAGAAGCAGAGGUAGCAGUCGGUCGAUUAGGUGGUAGUAGUGGUACAACAACAACAAUAACAGUUGUGACAAACGACUCAGAUAUGUUAUUUUAUCCCAAAAUAGAUAUCCUUAUUCGGCCUCUGAGUGGGAGACUGGAUACAAUCUAUCUUGAAUAUAAAAAGAGUGAUAUAUUAGAGGCCUUGGCGAUUACAAACGAAGCAUGGACCGCUUUAGGGAUCCUUGCCGAAAAUGACUAUGAUAUAGAUCCAUUUAUGCCAGAAAAAGAGGAUUCUUUUCUUGAUAAAGGCAUGUAUGUGGAUCAAUUUGAAGAAAAUUAUAAUGAAAUCAUAAAGUCUUCUAUCACGUCCACAACUAAAAAUACGGCUAAAUUAAUCAAAAAAUAUAUAAAAGAAUUUUUAAUUUCGAUGAAUAGUAAGAAUGGUAGGAUGAUUAAAUUCUCUACGUAUAUGAAUUCCUUUAGAAUCUUUGCACUUCAAAAAGAAGAAGUAUUAACGACUGUAGAUUCUUCAAGCGAAUUAAUUGCUCGUCCACAAGAUAUAAUUAAUUAUAUUAAAUCAAUAGGUUAUUCUCCUCAGACGAAUUUAAUCUAAUUUAAUUUAAUUAUAUAAAGGAAGCAGAAUAAACUCUUCUAUAAGUGACAAGCACUUGACUUUUUUUUUUUUCCCCCACAAAUUUAGCAAUUAAUGCUUAUAGAUAUUGACAACUAUAAGCUGGUAUAAAUGGUGAUACUUUUAUUUUAUUCUUCUGUCUCCUUGUUCAUUAUUUAUUUUUCAUUUUAUUUCUUUUCAUUUUAUUUCAUAUUAUUUCAUUUUAUUUAUUUAUUUUAUUUUAUUUUUUCAAAUGGGAGUCAAUGGCGCAUGGGCAUUUUUGCAGUAUAAUGAUA